GAGAAGUUUCACGCUCAAUGCAUUCCACAGAUAGGAUGUUCCUGACCGUAUCAUUUGACAUAGAGACCAGCAUCAUUAUUAAAAGGAAUAAAAUGAUCAUGUCUAAUUACUGUUACUGGCCAAGAUCCCAUAAGAAAAGAAACUCAUAACGUGACAUUCAGAAAGGACAGGAACGCACCAAAACACUGACACAGAGGUUUGGGAUACACAAGGUAUCAAAUUUGGAUCCUAGAUCGGAAGAACAUAGAUUUGGAUGGUUGGUUUAGUAGAUAUCAAA